AUGGCGCCACCACCUCUCCCCCGCGUUACCCUCAGCCCCCCUGCUCCCGUCACCUCGCCCUCAACCCCCAUCUCGCCCGCAGCCGCAGCCACAGCCACAACCAACGCCUACCUGCGCCCGCCCCCUCACCCUCAGCAACCGCGCGCCUCACCACCUCCAAGUACCCCCGGCCGCCGCUUCUCGUCCGCCAUGAACCCCUUCGCAGCAUCGACAGUCUCCUUGCGCACACUUUCGCUACGCCGGCUCUCGCUGCGCCCACGCGAGCACCUUCAACGCCCCGCGAGCGCGGCGUCGCAGCUCCCUGUGGCGGCAACGGCGUCGCGCUCGCGCCGGUUCUUUGCUCGCGUUGGGAGGCUUGGUGCAAGGCGGAGUGUAGGUACGAGGACGACUGAGACCAGACAUGGAAGCGCGAGCCCUCCUGCACCUGCGCCUGCCGACCGUCGUGAGCGCAGCACCGAGGUCGUCCGCCAGCAACGCACCGCACACACAAGCCUGCCAGAACUCCCACCGCCCGUCCCUCUCCCGCCACAGCAAUACCUCGAGACCUUCGACAAAGUGCUGCAGAGCGGCAUCGAUGCACUCAGCGCCUCCCCUUCGACAACAAUCUCCUCUCCCUGUCAAACACCCACAUCCCCAUACCAUUCUUCCGCAUCUGCAUCACUCCAAGACGCGCCCACCAUUGCUCUCGUCCACUUCUCUCGUCUGUCCGAUCUCGCUGCGAGCAUUGCACACUCCUGGCCUGAGUUCUGGGCGCUGCUCGUACACACGGCUACGCUGCUGAUUAGUGUUGCGCGGGACGUCGGGGUGCGGAGUGUGUUGUUGAAGGGAUUGGUGCGGAUUGUGGCGCAGUGGAACGAGGUGAAGAGCUCCGAAUUAGGAAUGGUCGAUGUUGCGCAGGCGGUGAGGGAGGUGGUUGAUGAGGUCGCAGCGGAGAGGAGGGCGGUGGGCGAGGGAGUGGCAGCGAUGUUUGCGUGGUGGGUCGGUCGGUGUGGUGUAAGAGAGGGAGAUCGCUUGGUGUUUGCUGCCACUGGCUCCGUGGAUCCUGGUUCUGCGGCGGAUGUAGGUGGAUUGGAGGUGCAGGACUCUUCGAGACUACGGGUGCUCGCGCUCGAGCUCUCUCCUGUGGUCGUCUCUGGUCUGACCCUCGCGCUCGCCUCAGAUCCACAUCUUACGAUCACGCUCUCUGUUGUCUCAUCGGCUGACAAUCACCGGGUUUUGCUGUUGAGUCCUGACUUGCCGCCAAUGUUGCAGGACCGGCUGCACAUCGCCACCCACCCCAGCAGCGCAAUCGGCACGGUAAGCCAAGAGGUCGACAUCCUUCUCUUGGACGCAAGGUGUAUUGACUCAGCAGGAAAUGUGCAAAGUGAAAAGGGUGCAUUGGGUACUGCUGUGUGCGCCAACACGCUGUCUCCCCGUGCUAGGGUCGUCGUUUUGGGUGCAGUCGACAACAUCAUAUCAGUGAAGAGAGUGGAAGAAUCGGCCAAGGAUACUGCAAGUCAACUCGAGCUGGUCCCCGCGCAGUUCGUGGAUGUGUACAUCGCCGAGACUCGCGUGCUGGGAGUUGAUGAGUUGGAGAGAUUGGCAACAGUCGCUGGAGAGCUUGAAAUGCACGUUCUGGGGAAGCAGGAUUGA